UGCGUCGCGGCGGGCGGAAGCAGCGCCGCUUGUUUGAAAUCGGCGGCGAGGGCUCCAGCCGGGCUCGAGCCCCUGGGUGCCAUGUCCACCCCUCCGCUGGCGCCCGGAGGCAUGGCGUCCGGCCCCUUCGGCGGUCCGCAGGCGCAGCAGGCAGCGCGCGAGGUCAACACGGCCACGCUGUGCCGCAUCGGCCAGGAGACGGUGCAGGACAUCGUGUACCGCACCAUGGAGAUCUUCCAGCUGCUCAGGAACAUGCAGCUGCCAAAUGGUGUCACUUACCAUACUGGAACUUACCAAGACCGAUUAACAAAGCUACAGGACCAUCUUCGCCAACUUUCUAUUCUCUUCAGGAAGCUACGGUUGGUCUAUGACAAAUGUAAUGAGAACUGUGGUGGAAUGGACCCCAUUCCUGUUGAGCAACUUAUUCCAUAUGUGGAUGAAGAUGGCUCAAAGAAUGACGACCGUGCUGGUCCACCACGUUUUGCUAGCGAAGAGAGACGAGAAAUUGCAGAAGUAAAUAAAAAACUCAAACAGAAGAAUCAACAGCUGAAGCAGAUUAUGGAUCAAUUACGGAAUCUCAUCUGGGACAUAAAUGCCAUGCUGGCAAUGAGGAACUAAACUGAUAUUUAAAUCUUCUGCUCUACUCAUGUGAUGCGAUCGGCUGUUUUUCCCCUUGAGUAUUCCUCCCUGUGCAAAGAUUAUUUAUUUCUUUAUUUUAAGGGCUAGCACUGGACUUACUAUUUUCACACUGCAGUGUUUACUAUACCCUCCUGUUUAAAUGCCAUUGGUUUUAAGAUUGUUGCAGUAGCCUUUGAUAGAGUGAGAGUUGAUGAAAGAUUAUUGUACUGGCCUUUGAUAGGGUGGGAGAGGAUUCAUAGUUAAUAUUCAUGAUUUGAAUAAGUUGAAAAGUUUAUAAAUAAAAAUUCAAACAUAA